CGGAGCGGGUGCGGGUCCAUGUGGAGGACAGAGCUGGAGGCAGGCGAGCUGAACCCCCGAUCGCAGCCCCGAUUCCCCCUAUCACAGCCACCGUCGCAUCCGAGCCGAAGAGCAACUUCUGUCGAAAAUGAAAGGUAGCCGGAUUGAGCUGGGGGACGUGACGCCUCACAACAUCAAGCAGCUGAAGCGGCUGAACCAGGUGAUCUUCCCCGUCAGCUACAACCACAAGUUCUACAAGGACGUGCUGGAGGUGGGCGAGCUGGCCAAGCUAGCGUACUUCAAUGACAUUGCAGUGGGGGCAGUGUGCUGCCGUGUGGACCACACCCAGAACCAGAAGAGGCUGUACAUCAUGACGCUGGGCUGCCUGGCACCCUACCGCAGGCUGGGCGUAGGAACUAAGAUGCUGAAUCAUGUGCUAAACAUCUGUGAAAAGGAUGGAACCUUCGACAACAUCUAUCUUCACGUGCAGAUCAGUAACGAGUCGGCCAUCGACUUCUACCAGAAGUUUGGCUUUGAGAUCAUCGAGACGAAAAAGAACUACUACAAGAGGAUAGAGCCAGCUGAUGCCCACGUUCUGCAGAAGACCCUUCGGGGCCUGUGCCGUGUGCCCCCUGCUGGCGAACUGCAGAAGGCCAACUAGGACGUACGCCCGCACCGCGGCCUCCCGGGAGAGCCCGGUCACGCCCCCCCUGGAACGGCCCCUGCGAUGGCCCAGCCCAGGUCCACACGCUCACCACUCCCAACAAAGGACAAUUAAGAGAAAACAUUGCAGCAUUUCCCCCAAAAACUGAAUCCUCAUUAAGUUUUGAUUCAUCUUCCUUUUUUCCUGUUUUUUUCAUGUGGAGAUUUUGAGAUUUAAAACAAAAGCUUGAGAAUGCGAUGGCGUCACGGGAAGCCGCGUGUCGCAGGGAAAGUCUCUCGCGGGUCUGCUUUCGCUUUCGGAGUUGUUGAAAUUGGUUAAACGGAGGUGAGGAGCACACACUGCUGCUGCUGGCCGAGGUGAGGGAAGGCUCUUCUAGCUGGUAACUAUGGCAACGCUUUGAGAUGCCGGAGGCGCAGAAUGCAGGAAGGCAUCAGGAGCGGAGCAGUGUCAGACCUCCUGGGGGAACAGAUGCUAAUGGGCUGCUAAUGCAGAGAGCUGAAGGAGGACAGCACCCCCUGCAGUGCUGGGGGAUAUUUAACGGUUUCAGAUGGGCUGCAGUAAUGAUGUGGGGUCAGCUGACUCCACAGUCAGCUUCAGAAUGAUUUUCUGAGGGGGGGGGGGUGUUGUUGUGGGUUCUCUGAGGUUUGCUGGGAAGGCCAUAGGGGAGGGGGACGAGUCCUUAAUCCAGCAGGAAGUGAUGCGUUGCUUUGCUAAAACCAUGGCUUUUGGUACAAAAUUUGUGCCAUGGACAUGUCUCUCUCUCACACACACACACACACACACACACACACAC